AUGGGUUGCGGAAUGAGUACUGAGGAUAAGGAGGGGAAGGCUAGAAACGAAGAGAUUGAGAACCAGCUCAAGAGAGAUAAACUCAUGCAGAGAAAUGAAAUUAAGAUGCUUCUGCUUGGCGCUGGAGAGUCUGGAAAAUCCACCAUCCUGAAGCAGAUGAAACUUAUCCACGAGGGAUCGUACUCGCGUGAUGAACGUGAAUCCUUUAAAGAAAUUAUCUUCAGCAACACCGCUCAGUCGAUGCGUGUUAUCCUCGAGGCCAUGGAGAGCUUGGAGCUACCACUCGAUGACCAACGCGCUGAAUACCAUGUACACACCAUCUUCAUGCAACCCGCUCAGAUCGAGGGUGACUCUCUGCCACCAGAGGUUGGUGCUGCCAUCGAGGCCCUGUGGAAGGACGCUGGUGUCCAGGAGUGCUUCAAGCGGUCGAGAGAGUACCAAUUGAACGACUCUGCACGAUACUACUUUGACUCUAUCGGUCGCAUUGCCGCGCCAGACUACCUCCCCAACGACCAGGACGUGCUUCGCUCCCGUGUCAAGACCACCGGUAUCACCGAGACCACCUUCAUCAUCGGCGACCUCACCUACCGCAUGUUCGACGUCGGUGGCCAGCGUUCUGAACGUAAGAAGUGGAUCCACUGCUUCGAAAACGUCACCACCAUCCUCUUCCUCGUCGCUAUCUCAGAAUACGACCAGCUCCUGUUCGAGGACGAGACCGUCAACAGAAUGCAGGAGGCCCUCACAUUGUUCGACUCCAUCUGCAACUCAAGGUGGUUCAUCAACACCUCCAUUAUCUUGUUUUUGAAUAAGAUCGAUCGAUUCAAGGAGAAGCUUCCUGUUAGCCCAAUGAAGAACUACUUCCCAGAUUACGAAGGAGGCGCCGACUACUCUGCUGCUUGCGACUACAUCCUCAACCGCUUCGUCUCGCUAAACCAAGCAGAGCAGAAACAGAUCUACACACACUUCACAUGUGCCACUGACACCACCCAGAUUCGAUUCGUCAUGGCAGCUGUCAAUGACAUCAUCAUACAAGAGAAUCUCCGACUCUGCGGUCUUAUAUAA